AUCACCAUCCCCAGGGGGAAGGACGGCUUUGGCUUCACUAUCUGCUGCGACUCACCAGUUCGAGUCCAGGCUGUGGAUUCCGGGGGCCCCGCAGAGCGGGCCGGGCUGCAGCAGCUGGACACUGUGCUGCAGCUGAACCAGCGGCCUGUGGAGCACUGGAAAUGCGUGGACCUGGCUCAUGAGAUCCGGAGCUGCCCUAUCGAGAUCAUCCUGCUCGUGUGGCGCAUGGUCCCCCAGGUCAAGCCCGGGCCGGAUGGCGGGGUGCUGCGGCGGGCCUCCUGCAAGUCCACACAGGACCUCCAGUCACCACCCAACAAGCGGGAGAAGAACUGCUCUCAUGGGGCCCAGGUGCGGCCUGAGCAACGUCACAGCUGCCACUUGGUGUGCGAGAGCUCCGACGGGCUGCUGCUGGGUGGCGGCGGCGGCUGGGAGCGCUACACCGAGGUGACCAAGCGAGGCCAGCACACCCUGCCCACGCUGUCCCGUGCCACGGCCCCCACUGACCCCAACUACAUCAUCCUGGCCCCGCUGAACCCUGGCAGCCAGCUGCUGAGGCCCGUGUACCAGGAGGACACCAUCCCCGAAGAGUCCGAGAGUCCCAGCAAAGGGAAGCCCCACGCCGGGCUGGGGAAGAAGUCCCGACUGAUGAAGACGGUGCAGACCAUGAAGGGGCACGGGGACUACCAGAACUGCACGGUCAUGAGGCCACACGGUCCGCACUCCAGCUACGGCACCUACGUCACCCUGGCGCCCAAGGUGCUGGUGUUCCCUGUGUUUGUUCAGCCACUAGAUCUCUGUAACCCUGCCCGGACCCUCCUGCUGUCAGAGGAGCUGCUGCUGUAUGAGGGGAGGAACAAGGCUGCCGAGGUGACCCUGUUUGCCUACUCGGACCUGCUGCUCUUUACCAAGGAGGACGAGCCUGGCCGCUGCAAUGUCCUGAGGAACCCCCUCUACCUCCAGAGUGUAAAGCUGCAGGAAGGUUCUUCGGAAGACCUGAAGUUCUGUGUGCUGUACCUUGCAGAGAAGGCUGAGUGCUUAUUCACAUUGGAGGCUCACUCUCGGGAGCAGAAGAAGAGGGUGUGCUGGUGUCUGUCGGAGAAUAUCGCCAAGCAGCAGCAGCUGGCGGCCUCCCCCCCACAAAGCAAGAUGUUUGAAUCGGAGGCAGAUGAGAAGAGGGAGAUGCCCUUGGAAGAAGGGCAGAGGCUGGGUGCUGAAGAUCCUUCCCUCAACAAGGACCCCUCUCCUGGCCAGGAGCCUCCUCCAGGACAAGACCUCAGCAAGGACUCCCCACCAUGCCCAGCUCUCCCUCCAGGCCAAGACCCCUCCCUCUGCCAGGACCUUCCCACUAGCCAAGAAACCUCUCGCAGCCAAGACCCUCAGCUCAGCCAAGACCUCCCUUCGAGCUCAGACACCCCUGCCCAGGACCUUACCCCUUGCCAAGACCCGCCUCCCAGCCAGGCCUUCGUGGCAGCCGAAGCCCUCGCCGCCCAGAGCACAGGCUCUGGGGGACCAGCAGCCACUGGGGAUCCGCCUGGGGCUUCCAGGCCUGCCUUCGUGAUCCCUGAGGUCCGGCUGGACAGUGCCUACAGCCAGGAGGCAGGAGCCGAGCGGGGAAGCUCUGGAGAGGAGGAGGCCGUGGAAGGGGAUGAAGGGGACGAGGGGGAGGAGGAGGAGGACGAGGACACGAGUGAUGACAGCUACGGUGGCGCGCGCAGCGAGGGCAAGCGCAGCAGCAUGAUUGAGGCGGGCCAGGGCGCGGAGGGCGGCUUCUCGCUGCGCGUGCAGAACUCGCUGCGGCGCCGGACGCACAGCGAGGGGAGCCUGCUGCAGGAGUCCCGCGGGCCCUGCUUCGCCUCCGACACCACCUUGCACUGCUCGGAUGGCGAGGGCGCCACGCCCACCUGGAGCGUGCAGUCACCGCGCACCUUCAAAAAGGAGCUGGGCCGCAACGGCGGCUCCAUGCACCACCUGUCCCUCUUCUUCACCGGGCACAGGAAGAUGAGCGGGGCUGACGCCGCCGUUGGUGACGAUGAUGAAGUCUCGCAGAAGAAAAAGAGCAAAAACCUAGCCAAGGACGUGAAGAACAAGCUGGGCAUCUUCAGGCGGCGGAACGAGUCCCCCGGUGCCCAGCCAGCGGGCAAGACAGACAAAGUGAUGAAGUCUUUCAAGCCCACUUCCGAGGAAGCCCUCAAGUGGGGGGAGUCCUUGGAGAAACUGCUGCUUCACAAAUACGGGCUCGCUGUGUUCCAGAGCUUCCUUCGCACGGAGUUUAGCGAGGAGAACCUGGAGUUCUGGUUGGCCUGUGAGGACUUCAAGAAAGUCAAGUCACAGUCCAAGAUGGCAGCCAAAGCCAAGAAGAUCUUUGCCGAGUUCAUUGCCAUCCAGGCGUGCAAGGAGGUAAACCUGGACUCGUACACGCGGGAACACACCAAGGCCAACCUGCAGAGCGUCACACGGGGCUGCUUCGACCUGGCGCAGAAGCGCAUCUUCGGCCUCAUGGAAAAGGACUCAUACCCACGCUUCCUGCGCUCUGACCUCUACCUGGACCUCAUCAACCAGAAGAAGAUGAGCCCCCCGCUUUAGGGGCCACCGGGGCAGAGCUCAGCGUUCACACCAGGAGGGCUGGGCCCCCCUUCCCACCUGCCUCCCUCCCGUGCUGAGACGGAGGGGGCAAGAAGGAUCCCCGGAGGCUUCAUCUCCGGUUGGACAUACGGACAUGGGGAUGCGAGGCCUGGACCAAGAGGCCCCGGCCACUGGAGCAAGUAGAAGGGCUGGCCCCAUUGGGUCCCCGUUGCCCCGGUACGAGGGGGCCCCCAGGGCCCUGGCAGGUCAGGGACUCAGCUGAGCCAGAUCCGGAGCUGCUGCUGCUCCUGAUGCGGACAGAGACUUCGAGUUGACCAAGUUCUUCAACGAACUGGCUGGCGGGACAGGGGGCCCAGGACGGGGCUCUGGGGCCCUUCCGGGGCGCUGCCGGGCCUUGCAGCUCAGAGCCCCCCUCCUUGCGUUUUAUUUAUUUAAACCAUAGCUGGAUGCUUGGCACGUUGUCCUGUGAUAGGAAACCCUUGCCUCAGCAGUUUUCCUAAUUUCCAAGUGCAAUAUUUUAACCACCGGGUGAAAAACCACCUUGCAGAAAAGGCCGGCAGGCACCGUUUUCCAGUUUCAGGGAAUUUGCUGGUCCAGGGUGGGCAGCCAGGCCUUCUGGGCUGACGGAAGCCGUAGGGACGCUGCAGUCUGACCUCACACAGAAAGCCACCUGGGUGGCGUGGCCCUGGGGUGCUCUGGGAGAGCACAGCACCCCAGACUGCACAGCAGCCAAGUUCUGGAGGAAAUAAAAGGCCUGUGUUCCUUCCUGUC